AUGUGCGGGAACUCGGUAGGCUGCAAGGCCUUCCGCUGCAUGCUCUACAUCGUCGUGAUGAUCGUCUGCAUUGCGUACCUCGUGGUCGUCACCGUGAUCACCCUCCGGUACGGUCCCAACGCGCAGCCGCUGGAGAUCCGGGUCCCGCCGGUGGCCGUGGAGCUGGACCUUUCCGACGAGACCAUGCCAUGGCUGUCGUUCGUGAACCGGAGCACCAUCCGGUUCGUGAACCGGAAGGACCACCUCAACAUCACGAUCCGGCGCGUGGAGGCGCUGUUCAUGUACGCCGGCUUGCCCGUGACGUGCAUGAUCCAGACCAAGCCCGUGCAGCUGCCCGGCAGGAGCGUGGGCGGGGUGGAGUUGGAGGCGGUGAUGUGCGACUCCGGUGGGAAGUACACGCACGGGCCGUUCCCCUACACGGAGAGCAUGGCGAGUGAGGCGCGUGGGAAGGGGAGGCUGCGGCUCGGGGUGACGAUGAACGUGCGUGCGGGUUACUCGCACCAGCCGUGGGGAUGGGACGUCUUGCUUCAGCCGGAGUGCGGCGAGCUGGCGAUCAGGAUAGCGGAUUCAGGGAGGGUAAUUAGUAGUAGUAAUAAUAAUACUGACGAGAAUAAUGAUAAUAAUAAUAAUAAGAAUAAUGAUAAUGUGUUUUUUGGGACGGGGAGGUUGAAUUGUGUUGUUACAGAUCCUCUGUGGGUUAGGUGA